AAAACCGCAUCUGAGCACACCGGUCGCCCAUAUUUGCAUGUUUUCGCUUGUUCGGUUCUGAUUGAACGCAGGUUUGCGUGCAUUCCUGCAAACAGAUUCUGAAUAUUUCUCGAGUUUGAGAUUUAAGGUUGACGAUGGCGUACCAGACGCGGAACAGAGGUCGCCCCACCGCAGCGCAACUGAUGAUGCAGCAGCAGCAGCCGGCGACGGCGGCGCCGACGCAGCUGGCCGUGCAGCCGCAGAUCGUGUUCAGCCAGAAGGAAGAGGCGCCGGAAAUUGACGCCAAAAUGGACCAGGACGACGAGUACGAAGACCUGCUCGAGCCCGACGAACCCGGCGGCGUCAAGGCCAAGAAGUGGAUGCUCAAGAAGAAGGACCCGCUUUUCAAAGUUAGUAAGAAGGUGCGGCGCAAGAGGAUGAACGCCCGGCUGCGCAGACUGCUGCAGCCCAAGAACGCCAUCAUGGUCCUCAACGAGAUGAGCGAGUCGGUCAAGUUCACAUUCCACGAUCCUAUAAACCCUGCCAGCACCCUUUUCGCCGUUACCGUCGAGGUUGACGGACACGUCUUCACAGGACAAGGACUGUCGAAACCAGCUGCAAAACAGGCCGCCGCCGAGAAUGCCCUGCGCAACCUCUUGAUGGAAAAAAUGGCGCAAAGUGAGUCCGGCGCUGGAGAAAGUGAAGAGAUGAACAUCAAAGAGGAGGAGAACAAGGCCAACAUAUCGGACGUUCCUCCCGGCGAAGAGCCUCCGCUGCUGGACCAGGAAGGCCGUCCGGUCAACGGACAACCUCCGCAGCCGGAAGACGACGUUCCGUGGGGCAGUCUAGCUUCGUUUGCGUUGUAUAAACUGUUUAACGAAUGGCAAAGCCAAGGCGUGAAUGUCAAUUUCAAGCCAGCAUCAAAACCGGCAGCUGGACAAACAGAGACUCGAGCGGCCCCUGCGCCAAUGAAAAAGUUGCCUGACAACCCUACAGACAGGCAUCCUGUCAUGCUGUUGAACCAGCUGCGUCCGAAUGCAGUUUUCGAAGACGCUGGAUCUCAGGGCGUCCCUCCCAACAUCAUGUUCACCGUGUCCGUCACGGUCGACAGUGCUUCUUACCAAGGCAUUGGCAAGAACAAAAAGGACGCCAAAAAAGAGGCUGCCAAGCAAGCCCUGGCCACAAUUUUUGAUGUGCACUACGACAACUAAUGCCGCAGCUCUUGCGGCCAACUAUUGUUUUAUUUUGUAACAAAUUUACUGAAAUCUCGAUGUGUAUUCAAUCAGCGGUGUUUUUAGAAGAAGCGUAAAAUAAUAUUAAAGAGUAGUUUUUAGCUCUACUGCUGAAGAAUUGCAAGUGGAAAUAAAUUAAGUGGUUUGAAAAUCACGUCCGCAAAG